UCCAAGUUUAUAUACUUCUUUAUUUAUUUUUUUUCCAGUUAUCAUAUGGAUUGUUUUUUGGGAUGGGAGCAAUAAAGGAAAAACUAAAUCUGUACAGAGCGAUAUAUGAAGAUAGAAUAGAAAAACUUUUAAAAAAUCUUUGAUCAUUUUUAUCAAAACAUCCCACAAAAACACUGAUAUGUUGUAUUAUAGUGAAUUUACUGCUGGCACUGGGUAUACUGAACAUAGAAUUCCAAUAUGAUGUCGAGACGCUUUACAUUCCUGAAGACAGCAAAUCAAUAAAGGACCGAAACAGUAUAGAAGCAUUAUAUGGGGAUCCAACUGGAUCCAACUUUGCGCCAUACCAGUUAACAAGACAGGGUCUGUAUGGGGACGUCCUUAUCGUUUCAAAAGAUAAGUCAAGCAUAAUGAGGCCAUUAUAUAUCAAUGAAAUCAACUCAAUAGACGCUUUCAUUAGAGAAAAAAUCCUUGUUGAAGACUCAGAAGUGCGCAAGUUUAGACACAGAGAUAUUUGUGCAUUGGGUCGGAGUGGGUGUGAAGUCGUUGGAAGUAUCUUACUAUCCCCGAAAUUUCAAAGCGACUUUGUGACGGGAAAUGUGACGUUUCCAGUUUAUAACAAAAUCUCCAUGACUUCUCUGCUUGCAAAACCGGUUUCUAACCGCGGUGUUUUGGUACACACGAUCGGUGUUAGGUUACGUUAUUAUCUAAGACAGAACACGACUAAUGCCUCUAAACUUUCCAAACAUUGGGCGAAAGUUUUCAUCAAAACUAUGAAAACCUUUAACACAAAUCUGACUGAAGUAGCUUUUUCUCACUCUGAUUCCUUAAGUGAAGAAUUGGACAACAUUAAAGAAAGUGCAACAAUUUAUUUUAUUAUAACAUUACUAAUAAUGGUUGUUUAUGCGUUAAUCUCAUCUGCGACUUUCAACUGCAACAACGUGGCGAAUCGGAUGAAUUUGGCCUUCGCUGGCAUCUUUGCAUCUUUAUUAUCUAUAGUUUCUUCUUUUGGGUUAGUCAUAACGUGCGGGUUGGAAUUCACGACAGUCGCAGGAGUGAUCCCUUUCCUUAUAAUAGGUAAAUCAAACACUUGUAUUUUUCAAUGAAUUUUCUGAUUAAAUAGUUAAGAAAGUAUAACAUCGUUUGAUUCUGUCUCCUAGGCAUUGGAAUAGACGAUAUGUUUAUUCUGCUAUCCGGAAUGGCCGGUGCCCCUCCCCUUUAUAAAUCGACAGUAGAGGAGCGAAUGGCUUUCAUGUUGAAGAAGGGUGGGGUAGCCAUUACUAUUACGUCAGUGACAGACAUGAUCGCAUUCAUCAUUGGAGCUUCUGCUGUAUUUGUUAGCAUUAAGAUAUUUUGUUUAUACACAGCUGUAGCGGUGUUUUUCUGUUACCUAAACCAGCUGUUUAUUCUUUGCCCUGCAAUUGCUAUCAACGAGUGUCGUACCGAACAGAAAAGACAUUUUUGUUGCUGCACUCAAAGAGUAAAAUCUAAAGAAAUUUACAAGAGAAAGUCGAAAUCGAGAUGUUUUAUUCAGUGCUUUGCUGGUCAUCAGCCGAAAAGUCGAGAAGAUGUUGAAAGUCCACUGGAAAAGUACCCAAAGAGACUAAUCUCAUUAAUUCUCCGAUAUAAACCAGGAAAACUGAUUGUUGCUGUAGUAUUUUUGGCAUACAUUGUUAGUUCUAUAUAUGGGGCGUUGAAUUUAAAACAAGGUCUUGAUGUUCACAAUCUAGUCUCAAAAGAUUCUUACUACUACACAUAUGGUGUCUGGGACACUACCUAUUUUACCUCCGACCCUAUGGUCACAGUAUGUAUUACAAACACUCAGCAGUACCAUACGCCUCAAGUACAAAACCAGAUACGUUCACUCAUCGUUACUGUGAAGAAAGAUGACAACAUUGACGAUCACUUUGCGAUCAAUUGGUUGGCAGUUUACAAAGAUUCCGCAUUCUAUAACAGCACAUCAGAAAAUGCCUUUGUGAAAGCUUUGAGAGAAUUUCUUCUAUCUCCACAAGGACAAAUGUUUUCUAAUGACAUAGUAUUGGAUGAAACAACUAACUCUAUUGUGUCGUCCAAAAUUCAUCUCAGAACUGUAAAUUUGAAAACACAGGAAGAGCAAGGCGAUUUAAUGUUACGUAUUAGGGAGAUUGAAAAACAUGCGCCUGUACAAUGCAUAAUUUUUAGCCCCAUCUUUACACUUUGUGAACAAUAUAUUCAAAUUUUGUCAACAACCUUGCAGACAGUCGGUAUAACUUUGGCGGUUGUUCUGUUGGUCAAAUAUUUUUUCAUGCCCAAUAUCGUGGUAGGAGUAGUUGUGGCGAUGACACUUGUGAGCAUCAUUGUGGGAAUAUUUGGCUUCAUGUACUAUUUCGACCUUUCUCUUAAUUCCAUGACGAUGAUUCACCUCGUGAUGAGUGUAGGGUUUUCGGUUGAUUUCAGUGUUCACAUCUGCCAUGCUUUCUUGUCUCUCAAAAGCAAUGAUCGCGACAAGGUCUUGGAGGAAGCCAUUGACGCAACGGGUGGACCCAUCUUGAACGCAGCCAUCUCUUCCAUGCUUGGUGUAGUUAUUUUGAUAAUUUCCGACAGCUACGCAUUCUUGUGUUUUGGUAAAGUGAUGUUAUUGGUCUUAGGACUGGGCUUACUUCAUGCAUGCUUGUUCUUACCAUUAUUUCUAUACAUUUUGAUGCCUUGUUUACUUCAUCAGAAAAAUGCUGUUGAACCAGAAAAGGCUAGAGUUGAAUUGAAUUAUCUAGAAACAUUUACGAUUUAUGACCCAAGACUUUUCAAAAGUGAACUAUCUUUGAAUACCCCCGGUAAUUAUUCUGACGAUUUUGAAGAGUCGGAAUUCGACUGCUCAUCUGUAUCUUCUGGCAAUGAGCAUGUGUCGCCAAACCAGGAUGAAGAGAAACAAUGAAAUAAUUAAUAAUAGUUUGAUUGUUGAUCGUUUUGUGUCCUUUAAAGUGUUUUGUGUUUGUUAUUUCGGUGGCUUAACCAUUUCCGAUCCUUAGCCAUGUUCGGUAACUCUAUAUUAUUCGGAUUUUUUUAAUAAAGGGAAUA